AUGCCUGAUAUAAGCAAUGAGAAGGGCGAGCUUGCUCAAGAAGAACUCCUUGAGACACCCGAAUGGAGAGCUCGCGAAAAAAAAUUGGUUCGCAAGCUUGAUAUGACGCUGCUGCCAGUAGUAUGGGUCCUAUACUUGUUUAAUUACCUGGACCGAAACAAUAUCUCUCAAGCUAGGCUGAAUACUUUCGAGAAGGAUCUCGGAUUAACGGGCGACGAUUUCAAUACUGCUGUGUCCAUCUUGAACGUUGGAUAUAUGCUUGCCCAGCUCCCAUCCAACAUGCUCAUCACUCGUAUCAGGCCGAGCAUUUACCUGCCUGCCUGUGUCGCUAUCUGGUCAUGCGUGUCAGCCGCCACAUCAGCCGUAACGAGCUAUGGGGGCCUGGUUGCAGUUCGCUUCUUCCUUGGAAUUGUGGAAGCUCCUUUCUUCCCAGGCGCGUUCUAUCUCUUGUCCUGCUGGUAUACGAGAAAGGAGCUUGCUCUACGCACUGCCGUCUUGUACUCUGGCCUUGUUCUCGCGACUGCAUUUUCAGGCUUGAUCGCAGCCGGUGUGUUUUCGGGCCUUGAUGGAGCUAGAGGCAUCGCGGGCUGGCAGUGGCUCUUUAUCAUCGAUGGCUCAGGAAGUUUCUUCGCCGCCAUGGUCGCCUUCUUCCUUCUUCCUGAUUACAUAGUGUCCAAAACUGGUAGUGGAAAAUGGCUUUUUACAAAGGAAGAACGGGAGCUAGCUGCGAAGAGAAUGGCGCUGGAUCGCGUGUCACUCCCUGAGGCCGACCGAUCUGUUUGGUAUGGCGUGCGUCUAGCCCUCAAGGAUACCAGGACCUGGAUAUUUGUGCUCCUUCUUUGCUCGAACCACACUGCCUACGGCUUCAACUACUUCUUCCCCACCAUCGUAAGCGGCUUCCACAUCGGCUCACAGACCAUCACUCUCGUUCUCACGGCACCUCCAUACCUCUUUGGCGCUGCCGUCUCGUUUGCAGUUGCUUACUCAAGCGACCGCCACAAUGAAAGAAGCUAUCACAUCUCGAUACCAAUGGCCGUUGCAGCUGUGGGCUUCAUCAUCUCUACGGCAACGCUAAACAUCGGAGCGCGCUACUUUGCGUCUUUCCUCUACUGCUCCGGGGCUUUCGCGGCCAACGCCAUGGUAUACUCGUGGGCUGCAAGUACGCUGAACCAGACGCCUGAAAAGCGAGCUGCUGCGACGGCCAUUAUCAACCUGCUUGCCCAGCUGGGUAAUAUCUGGAGCCCAUACUUUUUCCGUCCGGCCGAUGAACCUCGGUAUGCGCUCGCCAUGAUAUUGAUGAUGGUAUUUUCUUUUAUUAGCAUUGGAUGCUCUUCGUUGCUAAAAUUCUUACUCCGGAGGGAAAAUGUCAAAUUGCUGAGGGAGGCCGAGGUCACUGGGCAGAGAGUCACAUUGUAUACUUUGUAA